GUAUUCAGCACGUACAUGCAGAGGGAUGUACGCUAUCGCCCCCUGUGGUCGCAGAAUAUGAUGGGUCGCAGAAUUUGGUGUAACACCGGCACACUCGCCAUGACUCCUCACAAAGUGCCUGUCAACCUCCAGUCCUGCCCCUCCAUAGUCUCCCAGAAAGUCCAGUUAACUUACCAGCUGUUCUUACUGGAAAAUGCCCGGAAUACACUUGAACAAGACCUUCGCAACUUCACCAUCAAGGCCUAUAAAGAGGUCCAAGGUUUCCUGAAUUCAUCUUGUCCCAGUAGCUUGUUCAGUGAACUCAUAAAGGAUUUAGAUGUGAAAUGUCAAACAGUUGCAAAGUUUUCAGCUUUAUUAAAGGACCUCACAGUUGAGCUGCCGGUUUGUGUUCAGCCUAAAGUUAAAAAUGGAGUGAGCACAAACCAGGUUCAGCUCCCUGGCAUCCAAGGGAUCCGGAUGGCAGAUGUUCUUAAGUUUGGGCCCAUGUUAAAGAACGCGCUGAUGGCAAGGUCAGUAGUGAAAGCGGUCCAGGUGCUUGGAGCCACCCUGUCUCUUCAGCAGCUGAAAAAUUGCCUCACUGCAAAGCCUGCAGCGGUCAGUCAGUGUGACAUGAUAUCUUCGAGCCUCAACAGCACUGUUUUGACUUCAAGCGCGUCCUGUUAUUCUAAGCCUGAAGAAGAGCAGGUUGUGUUUGAGGAGAAAAGCCAAGCGGAUGCUGCGAUUUUUCCACCUGUCACUAGCAAGAGCUGUAACAGAAGUGCAGAGAGGCCACAAAUACUUGUACCUCCCUUAAAAGCUGGAUUCCCUGAGAUUGGUAACCCUAAGCCCAUGAGCUCCACACCACUAUUACACUGGGGAUGUGUAGAUGAUGUGAAGGUGCAGCACCAAAAACAAACAUCCUCCCAGCUGCUGCACUUCCUCAGAGCAAAAGCUAAAAACAUGGGUUCACUGGAGGUCACGGUCACGCAGUGGACUAAAAGUGCAUACAGUUCAAAUUUACAACAGCCUGUGUUACCUUCCGUUAUAGCACACAGCGACCAGACCAGUCAUGUUGUCACUGAUCUGGAAGAAGUAUUUGCUCCAAAAACUUUGUGUGAAAAGUUUGAAGCCCAAGCCCCAGUCUUCAGAGUAAAACGAGCCGAGUCUAGUGGUGCACUCAUCUACAGUUGUGUGAUUGCAACACAAACUGAACUGUGGGAUAUUGGAGAAAUCUUCACAGAGGUAGUGCAGAAGGGCUCUAAACCUGGCCCCUUGGAAGGUGAAGACUGCCAGAAUGUAACUACUCAGGGGGAGAACUGCAAUGUAAAUAUCCACUGGAAAUCCAGAACUCUCAAGUGCGCAGACCCUGAACAUUUUAACAGCUCUGAUGGUGCGAAAAUGCCAACAAUCAAUGGUUUUAAGAUUCCCGAGUUUCAGAUUCGAAGAUUUGAAGAGACUGAGGUUGUAGUGUCUCACACUGAGAGUCCAGGCAACUUCUACAUUCAGCACGCAGACUCCCAUGAGAAGCUACAGGCCCUUGUCACAGACUGGAAAGGCAGUAGUUCAUAUGCUGAGCAGAACACCAUUCCAGAUAUUGGAACCCAAGUAAUGGGUUGGUUCACCAAGCAAGAACGAUGGUGCAGGGGCCAGGUGAUGAAGAUAUGUGGAGUGAGCAGAGAUGGUGCUGAGACAGAGACAUCCAUCAAGGUGGAGGUGAAAAGGCUGGACUAUGGUGACACUGCCUGCCUGUCAUUGUCAAAUAUAAAGGAGCUGACCCCAGAAAUAGCUGUUUUACCACUUCAGGCUGUGCAGGUCUCACUGGCUAAUGUGACGCCUGUGAAUGGGAGAGAUUGGUCCGAGGAGGCAGUCGGCUGGUUCAAAGCGAUGGUACACAACAGAACUCUCUAUGCCAGGCUUUACCCACAGGAAGCCAAAGUUACAGUCGAGCUGUUCUUGGAAAAGGGAAAGCUCGGAGCUAUGAGGAGGGGUGCAUCCCUUUCUUUGAGACUGACCCAAAAUGGACAUGCCAUUCACAGCAAACAGAAGAAUACCAGUAAUAUCAAAAGAAACACUGUUCAGCUUAUAGCACAAAAAAAGGCCUCUGACUGGGAGAAGUAUCUCAUCUCAUGCUAUACUCAAAGUAAGAAGUAGUUCAGAAAUCAGAGAUUGUGUGUAAUUCUGUUGGUGUCAUUUUGUCUUACUCGAAUGACUGCACAACCAGUGUUUAAAUUAAAAAUGCAAGUGUACGCUACCAUUUAGCUCAAACGUGUACUGUAUAAAAACAUUGUUCAUGCUGUAAAACCUAAACGAGUAAAGAAAUAUUUGAAUGAGGAACAGAAAUAUUCAAUUUUGACUGACUGUGUGCAAGUAAACAUACAGUGGACUCUGAGUUGUAGCUUACAUGAAUGGCUAUAAAGUUGAAGGAUAUUUGGGAAAAAAAAAUUAUGAAAAAAAUAGAUUUAUAAUAGAUUAAUUGGACUAGUACACAUUAAGUCAUGUGUAUAUAAAAGUUAUCUUGUGUAUUUUUAGUUGAUACAAUAAGAGCUUGAAAACUGUUUCUAGUAAGUGUACAUUUAUUUUCUCAAAUGACUGAACAGGAAUUUUUUCAUCUUUUGUAUCUUUUUUUUCCUUUUUUUUUUUUUUCUUUUCACUUUAUGUACAUGAAAGGGAUACAGUUUUUUGCUUGUUUUCUUUUGAAAGUUUCAGUCUUUAAAGAUGUGUAUGCAUGUUCCCUUCCCUGUGUUUAAAAACUAUAUUUCAAGUUCUGAUUAUUUUUAGCCACUAGACGGUGCCAGCUCAGUCUGAUUACCCGCUCUUGAGUAGUAUUCAUUGCUUUUUGUUUUAUCUGUAUGCUGCAAACAGUAGAUCUGUUAUUUUUCAUUUUAUUUUACGUAUCACUUUUCUUAGAUCAUAAAGCCAUGUUGCCUUGGUUAUCUUGUUCUUAUACAAUGGCA